CAGCGGAUGCCCCGCUCACCCGCUCCGCGCCGCGGGCCUGCCCUCAGGCCCCUGCGGGCUCCGCGCCGCCGCCCAGAGGCUCGCGCCCUCCCGUCGCUCCGGGACCCGCCCGCCGCGUCCCCUGGGCAACCGUCUCCAGGGAGACCGGGCCCCGCCCCCGGCACCGACACCCGACACAUAAGGAGCUCAGAGUCAGGCAAGGGCGGAAUGACGCUCAUUGAUGCCAAAGCAUCUUUAAUCUGCCAGGCAGAGGGGCCUUUGCUGUUGGUCUUUCUUGGACCAUUCCAGAGAGGACGAUUGGUAUCCGAGAAUUAAAAGAGCAGGAUGCCCCCCGGGGUUGACUGCCCCAUGGAAUUCUGGACCAAGGAGGAGAAUCAGAGCGUGGCCGUUGAUUUCUUGCUGCCCACGGGGGUCUAUCUGAACUUCCCUGUGUCCCGAAAUGCCAACCUCAGCACCAUCAAGAAGGUGUUGUGGCACCGAGCCCAGUAUGAGCCGCUCUUCCACAUGCUCAGCGACCCCGAGGCCUACGUGUUCACCUGCGUCAACCAGACCGCGGAGCAGCAGGAGCUGGAGGACGAGCAGAGGCGGCUGUGCGACAUCCAGCCCUUCCUGCCCGUCCUGCGCCUGGUGGCCCGCGAGGGUGACCGCGUGAAGAAGCUCAUCAACUCGCAGAUCAGCCUGCUCAUCGGCAAAGGCCUCCACGAGUUCGACUCCUUGCAAGACCCGGAGGUGAAUGACUUCCGAGCCAAGAUGCGCCAGUUCUGCGAGGAGGUGGCCGCGCGCCGGCAGCAGCUGGGCUGGGAGGCCUGGCUGCAGUACAGCUUCCCCCUGCAGCUGGAGCCGUCGGCGCGGAGCUGGGGGCCGGGCACCCUGCGCGUCCCCAACCGGGCCCUGCUCGUCAACGUCAAGUUCGAGGGCAGCGAGGAGAGCUUCACCUUCCAGGUGUCCACCAAGGAUGUGCCCCUGGCACUGAUGGCCUGCGCGCUCCGGAAGAAGGCCACGGUGUUCCGGCAGCCGCUGGUGGAGCAGCCCGAGGACUACGCGCUGCAGGUGAACGGGAAGCACGAGUACCUGUACGGCAGCUACCCCCUCUGCCAGUUCCAGUACAUCUGCAGCUGCCUGCACAGCGGGCUGACCCCCCACCUGACCAUGGUGCACUCCUCUUCCAUCCUCGCCAUGCGGGACGAGCAGAGCAACCCCGCCCCCCAAGUCCAAAAGCCGCGCGCCAAACCGCCCCCCAUUCCUCUGAAGAAGCCCGCCUCGGUGUCCCUGUGGUCCCUAGAGCAGCCUUUCUGCAUCGAGCUGAUCCAGGGCAGCAAAGUGAAUGCCGAUGAGCGGAUGAAGCUGGUGGUGCAGGCCGGCCUCUUCCACGGCAACGAGACGCUGUGCAAGACGGUGUCCAGCUCGGAGGUGAGCGUGUGCUCGGAGCCUGUGUGGAAGCAGCGGCUGGAGUUCGACAUCAACGUCUGCGACCUGCCGCGCAUGGCCCGCCUCUGCUUUGCGCUCUACGCCGUGAUCGAGAAGGCCAAGAAGGCUCGCUCCACCAAGAAGAAGUCCAAGAAGGCGGACUGCCCCAUCGCCUGGGCCAACCUCAUGCUGUUUGAUUACAAGGACCAGCUCAAGACCGGCGAGCGCUGCCUCUACAUGUGGCCCUCCGUCCCAGACGAGAAAGGGGAGCUACUGAACCCCUGUGGGACCGUGCGGAGUAACCCCAACACUGAGAGCGCGGCCGCCCUGGUCAUCUUUCUCCCUGAGGUGGCCCCCCACCCUGUAUACUACCCUGCCCUGGACAAGAUCCUAGAGCUGGGGCGGCAUGGGGAGCACGGGCGCUUCACGGAGGAGGAGGUGAGCUGGGGGCCGUGGGCGGUGGGGCGUGGACCUGGCUGCAGCCCUCACCGCCCCCCCACCUCCACCUGUGCCCCUCAGCAGCUGCAGCUGCGGGAGAUCCUGGAGCGCCGGGGGUCCGGGGAGCUAUACGAGCACGAGAAGGACCUGGUGUGGAAGAUGCGGCACGAGAUCCAGGAGCACUUCCCCGAGGCGCUGGCCCGGUUGCUGCUGGUCACCAAGUGGAACAAGCACGAGGACGUGGCCCAGAUGCUCUACCUGCUGUGCUCCUGGCCCGAGCUGCCUGUCCUGAGCGCCCUGGAGCUGCUGGACUUCAGCUUCCCUGACCGCCACGUGGGCUCCUUUGCCAUCAAGUCCCUGCGGAAACUGACGGACGACGAGCUUUUCCAGUACCUGCUGCAGCUGGUGCAGGUGCUCAAGUACGAGUCCUACCUCGACUGCGAGCUGACCAAAUUCCUGCUGGACCGGGCCCUGGCCAAUCGCAAGAUCGGCCACUUCCUCUUCUGGCACCUGCGCUCCGAGAUGCACGUGCCCUCGGUGGCCCUGCGCUUCGGCCUCAUCAUGGAGGCCUACUGCAGGGGCAGCACCCAUCACAUGAAGGUGCUGAUGAAGCAGGGGGAAGCACUGAGCAAACUGAAGGCCCUGAACGACGUCGUCAAAGUGAGCUCCCAGAAGACCACCAAGCCGCAGACCAAGGAGCUGAUGCACCUGUGCAUGCGCCAGGAGACCUACCUGGAGGCCCUCUCCCACCUGCAGUCCCCGCUCGACCCCAGCACCCUGCUGGCUGAAGUCUGCGUGGAGCAGUGCACCUUCAUGGACUCCAAGAUGAAGCCCCUGUGGGUCAUGUACAGCAAUGAGGAGGCGGGCAGCGAUGGCACCGUGGGCAUCAUCUUUAAGAACGGGGACGACCUCCGCCAGGACAUGCUGACCCUGCAGAUGAUCCAGCUGAUGGACGUUCUGUGGAAGCAGGAGGGCUUGGACCUGAGGAUGACCCCUUAUGGCUGCCUCUCCACCGGGGACCACACAGGCCUCAUCGAGGUGGUGCUUCACUCAGACACCAUCGCCAACAUCCAGCUGAACAAGAGCAACAUGGUGGCCACGGCUGCCUUCAACAAGGAUGCUCUGCUCAACUGGCUCAAGUCCAAGAACCCUGGGGAGGCCCUGGAUCGAGCCAUUGAGGAGUUCACCCUCUCCUGCGCUGGCUACUGUGUGGCCACAUACGUGCUGGGCAUCGGCGAUCGGCACAGCGACAACAUCAUGAUCCGAGAGAACGGGCAGCUGUUCCACAUUGAUUUCGGCCACUUUCUGGGGAAUUUCAAGACCAAGUUUGGAAUCAACCGUGAGCGAGUCCCGUUCAUCCUCACCUAUGACUUUGUCCACGUGAUUCAGCAGGGGAAGACGAAUAAUAGUGAGAAAUUUGAAAGGUUCCGGGGCUACUGUGAAAGGGCCUACACCAUCCUGCGGCGCCACGGGCUGCUCUUUCUCCACCUCUUUGCCCUGAUGCGGGCGGCAGGCCUGCCUGAGCUCAGCUGCUCCAAAGACAUCCAGUACCUCAAGGAUUCUCUGGCGUUGGGGAAGACGGAGGAGGAGGCCCUGAAGCACUUCCGGGUGAAGUUUAACGAAGCCCUCCGGGAGAGCUGGAAAACCAAAGUCAACUGGCUGGCCCACAACGUGUCCAAAGACAACAGGCAAUAGCAGCCCGUGCAAGCCCCGGGCCUGGAGACAACCGAGCUGUCAGUCUUGGGAGCCGGGCACCCUCGGCCACCCUCCAGGGCCUGAAAGGCUGGACGGCAUCCUUGGGAAAGAACCUACACAACUGCCUUUUGUUUACACUGGUUAUUUAUUUAUGACUUGAAAUGUUUCGGGAACUAAACAGCCAUACAUGGAAAUGCACCCUAAUGUGGGGAGGGGCACCGUCCUCCCGCUUCCCCAUCCGAGCCCUGGGCUUUGAUGGGAAGACACUGUGAGCCCGGCACCUCGAGGCCGCAUCUCGCCGAGGAUCUGUGACCUCAAGUCUUCCAGCUGGGGGGUCUGGAGCCGGCAGAGACGAUUCUCCCGUGCGGGAGCUGCCUUCUCCCCAGGCUCCCGCCAUGCUGCACCGGCCUUGGUGCCUGGCAGUGACCCGGUGCCUGCUGUCCAGACAGGACACCCACGCCUGUUCACCCCCUCCACCUGUGUGCCCUCCAUUGGCUGAGUUCUGGGCAGCCCGCAGAGGAGGCCUGGGUACCCUCUAGAUUCAGGGAUGAUUGCUUUCCACUUUUAAAGCGACUCCUGGGUACGGGAAUUCUCUCAUCUCUGCUGUAAAGCGAUUUUGUUUGCGGGUGAGAAAAAAAAUAGCCCAACUACUUUACUGAACCUCUAUGGCUUGGGAGAAAGGCCCCAGCGCCCAUCACGUAUAGCGCACGCUGGUCCUUGAGACACUUUAAAAAGGUCUGAGCUUGAUUUAGCUCAUCCUGGUCAUGGUUCAAGACGCAAGCAGGUGCGAGUACUUUGUGCAAUUAUAUGUAACCUCCCUCCUCCUAAAGCAGGUUUUAGGUCGUGAAGGACCUGAUCUCCUCUCCAGAACGCUCACCUUUGAGAACCUGCUCCCGGUACCCAGGCAGCAGAAGCGUGAGAGUUAAGGGUGUGGUGGCAUCUUUUCCUCCGACGGUACUUAGCUUGAAAUGAUUCGGGCUCGGCCUUAGGUGCAUCUGAGGAGUUCAAGAAAUGCAGGUUCCCGGGCCUCCCUCAGCCUUCUGGAGCCAACUCUGGAGGUGGGGCUAAGAAUCUGGGCUUCUGGAAGCCCACAGGCGAGCUUCAUGUAUUAGCAGCCGACUCGGGACUCACAGGGGCGACACCACUUACCUCUCAAAGGCUUUGCACGGCUCAGCAGAGCCAGAAGUAGCUGCCCUCUCAGCAGCCCAGGUGCACGGCUUCCAGAAGAGCCCAGGUGCCAACUCUGUUUCUUGGUUCACGAGAGGUGGCCGAGAGGCACUGCCCAUAGCAAUCCGUGCCACCCACAGAGCCCCACUGACCAGACUCUGGUUCCCAACUAAGUGCUGAAUACAUCAGACCCACCCACCUGUUUGGAAAUAGGAAAAGCCGAGUGUAUGUCUACUUGUUAUUUAUUUGAACGAGUCUGUGCUUCCUGGUGUGGGCAGCACACUGCAUAUACACAGCAAUAGCUGGUUGGGUGCACGGCCUGUGUGCCUGACAAGAAGAGUAUUUUCUAUUUUUUUUAAAUCAUUUGAUGUUUCUGUAUGGGGAAGGUGAGUUCAGCGUAACUGAUGUAGGUUCAACAGUCUGAAACCUUGAAAUGAGAG